AUGUUCUAUAUAUAUAUGCAUUGCGUGUGGCGCCCUCCCUCUCUAGGAGUUUAUGGUCACCCGCACCUUUCACACGAGUCCAGCCAGUACAACCUUCUAGUUUACAAUGUAAUCGCGGUGAAUAAUCUACAUGAAGAAAUAUUCAAUGCAAGAACCAUCCCUUCAAGUGCCAUUGUAGAAAUGUUGGACUACGAGAAUCAGAUGUUUUUAGAGGCUCUUCAGGACGAUGGUCUUAUGAUAUCCGCAAAAGGAUUGGGCCUAGAAACAGUUUUUACGAAUAUAUUGAAGGUAUACUCGGAUCCUGGAAAUUUGGUCAUUGUCCUUGGAAUCACAGACCACGAUGAGCAGUUUUUUAUAAGCAAAUUAGAGGCAAUGAAUGUGAAACCACUACCUAGAGUAGUCACUGCACACGUAUCAUCAGGAGAAAGGGAAGCACUUUAUCUCCAAGGUGGAGUUCUAUUUCUUUCGGGACGAAUUUUCGUCGUUGAGUUGUUAAAGUGCAGAGUGCCGUUGAAUUUAGUAACUGGGAUUUUGGUAUGGAAGGCACAUAGAAUUAUGAAUUCAUAUCAAGAAGCCUUCUCUCUUCGAUUGUAUAGACAAAAUAACAAAACAGGUUUUAUUAAAGCAUUUACUGACUCUGCCUUAGCUUUCACGGUCAACUUUUCACAAGUGGAACAAGUUAUGAAAACAUUGUUUCUUAAACAUUUAUUUCUCUGGCCGAGAUUUCAUACUACUGUUAUAAGCAGCUUGUCCAACUACAAGCCAGAAGUAAUCGAACUUCAUGUGAAAAUAACACAAAAAAUGCUUGGAAUUCAGGCAGCCCUUCUUGAUAUAAUGAAUUUCAUAAUUAAGGAGCUCAAAAGGAUAAAUAAAUAUCUAGAUCUGGAGGACUUAAACGCUGAAAAUGCAAUUUCUUACAAAUUUCACAAACAAUUGCAACAUCAACUGGAUCCGAUCUGGCACCAACUUGGUUCUAGCACUAAACAGCUGGUGACUGACUUGAAAUUACUCAGCAACUUCAUGACUCAAUUAACACACGAAUCUUCAGUUUCUUUUUAUGCUUCAAUAAAUCGUUUGAGAACUAUGGAGUAUGCGCUAAAGUCCAGUGGGUGGCUGAUCUUAGAUGCAGUAGAAGAUCUAUUUAUUCAUUCAAAAAGCAGGGUGUACAAUAAUAAGAAUGAGUUCACCCCAGAGCCAUGUCCUAAAUGGAGUGCUCUAUCUGAUAUUCUCCAGGAAAUCCACAUGCAAGGAAAUAAAAUAGAUCAAGAGAUGGAAUUUGGUAAGACUGUAUUAAUCUUGACAUCGGAUGGAAGGACAUGUGCACAGUUGAAGAAUUACUUAACGAUGGGCGCUGGCGAGUAUUUACUAUGGGAAGCCAUGAAGUACCUUAAAAAAAGUGAACAUUUGAAGUCUAACAGGAACGAAGAAGAGCAGACUAGUACUGGAUUUCCUGAACUCCAGGAUGAAAUUCUAGGUCAGGACAAUUAUGUAUUAACGUACACACAGCAGUUACCUGAAAAAACUUCUCAAAACAAGGAACAUUAUUCUACAUUACAGGAUUGUUUGGAGAUUUCAGAUAGUAAUACCAAUUUGCCAUUAUCCGUACCUCUUGUGGUGAUUCAAUCCGUGAAAAGAGGUGGAAAUCCAAUGGCUCUUCAACAAGCAUUACAGGAACACACGCCGAGGUACGUCGUAAUGUAUGAUGCCGAUGUGUCAUCAAUUCGUCAACUUGAAGCUUAUCAGAACUAUCAUCCGACUGUUCCACUGAAAAUAUAUUUCGUAAUUUAUGCAGUUUCUGUUGAAGAACAAGAAUAUUUAACAGCGUUAAGGAGAGAAAAAGAGGCAUUUGAGAUGUUGAUCAACACAAAACAAACGAUGAUCAUACCAUCUGACCAAGACGGGAAAGCAGACAAUGUAUUGACUGUUUCUACCGAAAUUCAUGACCCAAGCUUCCGAAAAGAAGGAAGAGAACUUACCGAUGGAAUUGUCUCAACAAUAAUUGUAGACAUUCGAGAAUUUCGGAGUGAAUUACCUGGGCUACUGCAUAAACGUGGAAUAAAUAUCGAACCAAUGACGAUAAUUGUCGGUGAUUACAUUCUUACCCCGGAGAUUUGUGUGGAAAGGAAAAGCAUAUCGGAUCUGAUUAUGUCUCUUAAUUCGGGAAGACUAUAUAACCAAGCUGUAUCAAUGACUAGACACUAUGCUAAGCCCAUGCUGUUGAUUGAAUUUGAUCAAAAUAAAUCUUUUUGUUUACAGGGUAACUAUUACAUGAGUAAAGAGAUGCGAAGUUUUGACGUAACGGCAAAACUUCAACUGCUCACACUACAUUUCCCACAUUUGAAAAUUGUGUGGUCUCCUAAUCCUCAAGCUACAACUCAAUUAUUCGAGGAACUAAAACAAGGCAGAGCAGAACCUGAUGGAUACGCAGCUAGUCAAAUUGGUUUAGAUGAGUUUGUCGAAAAUAAAAAAAAUGAUGUCGAACGAUUCAAUGCUAAAAUCCAAGAUUUUGUGACCAAAUUACCUGGCAUUUAUACUAAAAAUUUACGUCUCAUCAUGAAUGAUGGAGUAUCUUUAGAUCAUCUAAUCGUACUGAAACAGGAAUCUUUGACAGUGCUUAUGGGGAACUC